GUCGCCUCGCCUCGCCAGUGCUGUCGAUUAGCUGGCUUGGGUUUCAGAGGCAGCGUUUCUGUGAAAAUAAUGAAGUGAUUUUUGAUAUAAUUUUCGGGGAAAAUAGUGGAUAAAACCCGGUUAAAAAUGGACGGGGAAAGGCUAGACUUGACCCUAAUUUGUAGGACUUGCAAAUGCCUCUCUCCGACAAUGAAAUCCAUCUAUUCCGGCUUGGAAAAUGAAAACAUUUCUGCACACAAUCCCCGUAUCGACGAAAUGCUAAUGGCCUGUGCCGCUGUUCAGGUUUCAUUUGGAGACGGCCUGCCAAAUUUGAUGUGCGAAAUGUGCUGUCAAAGCCUAAAGAGCGCAUUUUCAUUCAAAAAGCAGUGCGAAUCAGCGGAUUUGAGCCUGCGUGAGUACUGCAAAACAAUGAAAGUUAAUGCCAUCAAGCAAGAGUUGCAAAAUUCAGAAUUUAUGGAAUCCUUAAACACAUUGAACAAUCUUCUCAAUAAUACGCCUACAAAUGAACCAUCUAAAGAAACUCCGAAAGAAGUUAUUGAUGUGGAAAGUGAGGCUCCACCAUCCGCCAUGGAAACUGAGGGUGAGAAGCCUGCAAUACACCCAGAGACAGACUUUAUUCAAUUUUUGGACAAUAAUCAAAUGCUCCUAACUUGUCGAGAGUGUGCAAAAAUAUUUACCACUCUAGAAGGAUUAAGAUGUCAUAAGAGGAUGCAUGCAGGCACUACAUUUAAAUGCAAACAAUGUGAUAAGGAAUAUACGCGAAAAAACCAUUUGGAACGUCAUGAAGCCUCUCACGGAAAUAGGAAGGUGCACGUUUGUAAAAUAUGCAAUAAAACUCUGACUAGAAUGGAACACUUAAAGAGACAUUUAAUUACUCAUCUAAGGGAAAAGCCUCACAAUUGCAAAACUUGUAAUAGAGGCUUCAAUAGGGUGGAACAUUUGCAUAAUCAUGUUCCAAGGUGUAAAGGAGAGACUGUUCACAUAUGCCCAGUAUGUAACAAAGCCUUCAAUCGUGAGGACAGUUUAGAAGUUCACAAACAGCAGCACGAUAAGGUCUCAUUGUCUUUGCCAACUAUUGAUAAUCUGGAUAAGCUUGAAGAGCAUUAUUAUGAGGUGGACUACGAUGCUACCAUCACAUUUUCGGACAAUUCCGAUGUAGAAGACUGCUUCGAGCCGCAAGUAGAAGUAACUGAAUCUUUGGAGGAUUCUAAGGCAAAUGAUGUAAAUGUCUUGGUCACUGAAGAACCAGUUCAUUUAGAAACUAAUGAAGAAUCUAUCAAGCAUACACUCGAAGAACCCGUAGCACCAUUAGAGACAAACGAAUGUAUAGAAAUUCAUCAUGAGGAAAUGGAGGAUGAAGACGAUGAAAAACCUUUAUCAGCCCUAGCUGCCCUUGUCAAAGCAGAAGAAAAUGAUAGAUCGUAUCAGGAAGAAAAUGAGGAAGACGAUGACGAUGAAGACUACAAUACAGAUCAUUUCGAUGAGGAAAUGGACGAAAUGGAAGAGGGUGAAAUUCCAAUAGAGGCUGGAAUCGAAAAUAGAGAGUUUGGCCAUUAUAAUGAUAACGAUAAUGGUAAUGAUAGUUCAGUGGACAGCUCCGACGAAGAAUAUUUGCCCAAAAAAUUGCCACAAACAACACCUAAUGGUAAAAGGAGGGGCAGGCCUCGAAUUCAUCCGCCCAAACCUAAAGGAAAUGGUCGCCGAGGUCGACCUGUCGGCAGUAAAGGUAUUAAAAGAAAACCAAAAGGGGUGGAAGAGGAAGACAUUGGUGAAUUUCCUUGUUCCUUGUGCAGCGAGUUUUAUGAUCGAGUCAGUUUGCUGGAUAAACAUGCUAAAGAAGUUCAUCCUGGGCUUAAGGUUCACAAGUGCAACAUCUGCGGUAAAGAUUUCAGACGUCCCAACCACUUGAAACGUCACUUGUCCUCUCAUUCGGAAGAUAAACCAUUCGUCUGCGACAUCUGUACAAAGAGCUUCGUGCGAAAAGAUCAUCUUUUGCAACAUCAAAAGUUACACGACCAACAAGAGGAAAUUCCUUGCGACAUUUGCGAAAAACCUUUCAGCAGGGCGGAUCAUUUGGCAAAACAUAAAGCGGCCAAGCAUGGAAUUGGAGAAAAAAUGACUAUUAUGGGUGAGAAAAAAUUCUAUUGUGAUAUUUGUGAGAAAGGUUUCACAACUGAAAAAUACCGAGACGUCCAUAUGAAGGCGCACAAUGGUGAAAAGAAGUACCAUUGCAAAGUUUGCGUGAAGUCGUUCCUAUCGAAAUCGCAUCUAAACGAGCAUAUGAAAUUCCAUAACGAACAUUCCAAAAAGUUCCUUUGCUCCGAAUGUGGCCAGAGGUUUAUUCGCAAUGAUUAUUUGGUUAUUCAUAUGAGGCGGCAUAGAGGAGAAAAACCGUUCAAGUGCAAGUUUUGUGGAAAAGGUUUUCCAAGGACCACAGAUCUUACAGUACACGAAAGAUAUCACACGGGUGAAAAAACUCAUCUAUGCACCGUUUGUGGCAGAGGAUUCGGAAGAGCGUACAAUCUAACUGUCCACAUGCGAACUCAUACAGGUGAAAAACCAUAUCAAUGCACAUACUGUGAUGCGGCAUUUGCGCAAGGCAACGACUUGAAGGCGCACAUUAGGAGGCACACAGGAGAAAGGUUCCAAUGUGACUUGUGUUCGGAAAGCUUUCUGAUGGGGUAUUUGUUGACCCAGCAUAAAAGGACGGUUCAUGGCCUUAACGUAGUGAGCAAUAUCAGACGACUGCAACCGGUUCAUAAAACAGAAAACCCGGACGAACCUCCACCAAUCACCAUACCGCUACCAAAACCGUGCGUGCCCGAAAAUCUGACGUUCACCCAUCUGCUGCAACCAUCGCAACACAUCAGUCCGGUGCAAACGAAACAAGAGAGAAUCGACGACCCUCCGCCCAUCCCCAUACCUCUAUCCAAACCGAUGAUGCCAGAAAAUUUAAUGUUUAAUCAUCUACAGGCGCAACUGUCCAUUUCUCAGAUGCAUUUCACUAAUCAAAGGCCCGCUACCUAGGUGCCUGUUAAAUAUCAAGGUGACGAACCAGAUUGUUUGGAUAAGUGAUUCUUUUUUUAUUAUCAGUUGGUAUUUUGUCAGGUUUUUUUUUGCUUAAAUUGCCAUUUAUUCCAUAUUGAUGGAAUUUUUUAAAUGUCAAGAACCCUACACAUGUGAUAUUUAAUAGGUUUCCUUUUGUUUUAGGACAUUUUGUAUUGAUGUUAUCUUUUCUAUGCAUGUCAAUUCAGUAAGGUAUUAUAGCUCUAUUAUUAUUAUUAUUAUUAUUUUAUUAGUAUGUUCGAAAGCUAUUUGAGAAUUUGUUAAUAGAUACACAUGAAUAACUUUAAACACCUAAAUUAUUGAACAUAAUCUGGUUCGUUGCACUUAAUUCCAGCACGUUAGGUGUGGUUCCAAGUGGCUAGUGAAAGUAAGUCAUUUUUUGUUGACUCGGUUGUAUUUUUUUUUUGAAAAAAAAUAUGACUUGGCCAGCUUGUAGAGAAAAAAAUGGUAAGUUGCCUUUUGAUUUGUUUUUGUGUAUUUUAAUAAUUUAGUUUUAGUUUUACAUUAAGUAUAUUGUAUUCUGGUUCAAAUUGGCUUUUAUUGAAAAAAAAAAAAUUUUUUUUGGUUUAUUCACCUUCUGUUGAUGCAAUAUGAUGAAUUAUAACGCAAUCUAUGAUCCUAGUGGUCCAUCGGAAGCUACAUUGGUAUAUAUUUGUCUUGUAAACAGUUACCAGCAAGUUCAAUUGAAGAUGAAUAAACCAAGCAUUAUAUGAAAAAAAUAUGUAUAAAUGACAGUUUUAACAUUUAAUAUGACAUGUGAUAUUUUAUAAUUUAAUACUAGAACAAGAUACAUAAUCUCUUGUUGGCAAAUAUACUUUGGUAUUCAAAAAGAGAUAGGAUGAUACUUUGAACUGUUUUUUCUCUUUUUAAGCCAAAAACUUUCUAUUUUGGCAUCCACUUAUCCUUAGAAAUUUGACAGACUGAUAUCUAUAUUUUAUUAAAGGCAGAACACUUUAAACUGUUGACAGCACACACUUAAAACUUAAAUUUUAUUUAAUUCUAUAUCUGUAUAUUUAAUUUGUACAUACUAUCAUAAUUUGUUUUUAGAGCAGGGGGUGAUUUCCUUGCAUUAAAGGAAAUUUUGUCUCACAUUGUCUUUCAAUUUUUUUUUUACUUAUUUUUGUUGGUUGUAUUUUUUACCACAACACAAAUCAAUAAGCAAUGGCAGCAAUUAUAAGAAAUUAGUGCUUUAUUUUUUACCCAAAUUAUUUAUGAUUUUAGAGCUAGCAUGAAAUUUUUAUUUUUUUUUUUAUGACAAAAUGCUCAUAAAUUGUUAAAAUAUGUACAUAUAUUUUGAGCAUGACCAUAUUAUUAUUUAUGUAUCGAGUAGAAUAUGUAGUAACCAUAGACCUAAACUUUAGAUGAAUAAUGUAAAUAGUAGAACUUAGGGAUAGAAUAUGCUUUCUAAUAUAAGAACCACCUCGAUUAUUGUAUAGCGAUUUUUAUAGAUUUAUUAAUCUAUGUUUUUGUAUUGUGACAUUAUAUAUUGUGCAUAUUACAACAAAAAUAAUAAUUGUCCAUAAUAUAAAAAUUUAAAAUAUGA